GGACUUGACGCUGAGCGCUAUUGAAAGAUAGGAUGCUGGGCCAAACGUCUGCGAUCUUUCUGAAUGCACCUCAAUCGGGGUCGACUGGCCGCACCUUCACUUCAGUUACAGUCCACCCCGUAGCAAUUUUUUCCAUUCUUGACCACUUUCUUCGACGCAACGCUGCAGAAGAUCGGGUCAUCGGCACAAUCCUUGGCAGCCGAAUCGAUGGCGUCGUCCACGUUAAAAGCGCCUUUGCGGUACUACACAAGGAGUCUGAGGACCAAGUUGCUGUUGACCUUGAAUACCACCGAACUAUGCUCGACCUGCAGACCAAGGCCAACCCCAGUGAGGUGAUCGUUGGGUGGUACUCAACGGGCUCGGACCUUAAUACCUUCUCAGCACUCAUACAGCAUUUCUAUUCCGGAGAAACCUCGCCUCAACAAGCAAUACACCUUGCCAUUGACACUGGUGUUCAAAAAGCAGGGGAAGUUGGUGUGAAGGCAUACAUUAGCUCACCAGUAGGCGUCAAUCCGAAACCCGAGAACUGUGUUUUCGUUCCAAUACCGUGCGAGCUGAAAUUCAGUCAGCCCGAACGUAGUGGACUGGAUCUCUUGCUUAAGACAACACAAACCGCGUCACAAACUGUGCUUCCAGUAUCGCAUGAUUUUGAGACCAUGGAAGCUUCGUUAAAGUCAGUCAUCGGGAUGAUCGAUCGUGUUUUAGUAUACGUUCGCCAGGUCAUCAAGGGGGAAGUCGAAGGCAACGAGCAGAUUGGGAAAUACCUCCUCGAUGCUUUACGUGAAACCGAAGGUGUAAGUCUUAACAAGGGACAGUUAGACGGGCAUUUCCAUGCACACCUACAAGAUACUCUCAUGGUCUCAUAUCUUGCAAAUCUAAUUCGCUCACAAGUGGAGGUUUCCACUCGGCUCGCCCUUGUCACAUAAUUGCACCUGAUUCAAUUUAGCAUUAUUUUAUAUUGCACAAAGUGCAAUCGUAAGUAAUAGACCACCCCAAGUCCCUGAUAAUCGAAACCAAGCUAGUAUUCCGAUGCCCUAAACAAUUCAUAGACCUUGAUUGAGAGCAUCUCGCCAAUAUGACGCCUCCCGGUCCCAGGUAGUUGCGUUAGCAUAUGCUUCGCUGGUAUUACUUGAGAUUUCUUCCUGCCCUUCGCGGCUCCUGGGCCUUCGGCUUCCUUCUGUCUAGCCGAGACUUCUUUUUCCUCCGCAUCUAUGAACGCUUGCCAUAGGGCGUAGGGAGUAUCGUAGGCA